GGUGGCCGGAUCCACGAGCGGCCGCCAGAGAAGCGCAGUUGUUCGGGACGGGAUGCAUUCGGACAGCCGGCUCCUGUGGAGGAGACGCGGGAAAUGGUGAGCGGCCGCGGCCGCCUUCUCCCCCCGGGGACCCGGCCUGCAGCGGUCUCCCUGCUGUUGCUCCUGCUGCUCCGGCGGGACGCGGCUGCUCAGAAAGGUGAUGGAUGUGGACACACUGUUUUAGGUCCUGAAAGUGGAACAUUUGCAUCAAUUAAUUAUCCACAUGCCUAUCCCAACAGCACAGUGUGUGAAUGGGAAAUUCGAGUAAAGCCUGAGCAGAGAGUUCAGCUCAAAUUUGGGGAUUUUGAUAUUGAUGAUUCAGAUUCUUGUCAUUUUAAUUAUGUGAGGGUUUAUAAUGGAAUUGGACCUACAAGAACAGAGAUAGGGAAAUACUGUGGUUUGGGCCUUCAGGUGGACAAAUUAAAUGAAUCAAAGAGUAAUGAAAUUACAGUACAAUUCAUGAGUGACAUUCAUUUUUAUGGACAUGGGUUUCUUGCUUCGUAUUCAACAACUGACAAACCAGAUUUUAUAACAUGUUUAGAUACUGCAAGUCACUUUUCUGAGCCAGAAUUCAGCAAAUAUUGUCCAGCUGGGUGCGUGCUUCCUUUUGCUGAAAUUUAUGGGACUAUUCCUCAUGGCUACAGAGAUUCAUCUUCCCUUUGCAUGGCUGGUGUACAUGCAGGAGUGGUAUCCAACGUUCUUGGAGGUCAAAUCAAUGUUGUAAUCAGCAAAGGUAUUCCAUACUAUGAAAGCUCUCUGGCUAACAAUGUUACAUCAAAAGUAGGUCCUCUGUCUUCAGGUCUCUUCACUUUUAAAACCAGUGGUUGUUAUGGCACACUUGGAAUGGAGUCUGGAGUAAUUGCUGAUUCACAAAUUAAUGCAUCCUCAUUUUUAGAAUGGCCUGAGCAGCUGGGUCAACCAAGCACUUGGAAGCCCGAAAGAGCCAGGCUGAAAAGACCUGGACACUCUUGGGCAGCUUUUACUAAUGAUGAAUACCAGUGGUUACAAAUAGAUCUAAAUAAAGAACAGCGAAUAACAGGUAUCAUUACAACUGGCAGCACCUUAGCAGAGUACCAUUAUUAUGUCUCUGCUUAUAGGAUUCUCUAUAGCAAUGAAGGACAGAAGUGGACAAUAUACAGAGAACCAGGUGUUGAGAGAGAUAAGGUAUUUCAAGGCAACACCGGAUAUUAUCAGGAAGUUCGCAAUAAUUUCAUUCCACCCAUUAUUGCUCGCUUUGUUAGAAUAAACCCUUUGAAAUGGCAUCAGAAAAUUGCAAUGAAAGUAGAAUUGCUGGGAUGUCAAUUUAAUAUUGUUCGGGCUCCAAGACCAUCAUUACCUCCACCACCCAGGAGCAACAAUGACUUUUCUUUGCAGAUUGAUAAAACAACCUUCACCCCUGAGGUCAAGAACACUAUGUUAACUCCAAGUGUAACCAAAGUUCGGGCUCCAAGAGCAACAUUACCUCCACCACCCAGGAGCAACAAUGACUUUCCAUUGCAGACUGGUAAAACAACUUUUUCUCCUAAAGUCAAGAAUACUACAGUAACACCAAGUGUAACUAAAGAUGUAGCAUUGAUAGCUGUUCUAGUACCUGUGUUGGUCAUGGUUUUUACCACCCUCAUCUUGAUCAUAGUUUGUUCCUGGCACUGGAGAAACAGAAAAAGAAAAUCAGAAGGAACAUAUGAUAUACCUUAUUGGAAUCGUGCAGGUUGGUGGAAAGGAAUGAAGCAGUUCUUUCCUGCUAAAUCUGCAGACCAUGAAGAAUCGUCUGUCCAUUAUAACAGCAGUGAAAUUAAUUGCCUUCGAUCAAGAGAAGUUACUACUGUGUUACAAAGUCAAUCUGCAGAGUAUGCACAACCACUCGUGGGAGGAAUUGUUGGUACACUUCAUCAGAAGUCAACUUUUAAAUGUGAAGAAGGAAAAGAAGCAAGUUAUGCUGAUAAGGAUCCUUAUAACACCUCAGAACAGGAAAUAUAUCAUGCCUACGCUGAACCCCUCCCAGUUACUGGAGCAGAAUAUGCAAUACCAAUAGUGAUGGAUAUAUUAAGUCACCCUGCAGCUCCUCCAGGCGUUGCUUCUGUAUCUACCUUCAAAGCUUCAGGGAAUCAAGCUCCUCCACUAGUGGGGGCUUAUAAUAAACUUCUUUCCAGGGCAGAUACUUCAUCACCCACACAUGUGCUCUACGACACACCGAAAGGGAUGCCAGGACUGAGCCUUCCAAAUGAAUUGGUAUACCAGGUACCACAGAAUAUGCCACACUCCACAGAAAAUGAAGAAGAUACUAGUUAGAGUGUUCUACAAAUUAAAUCCUGAGAGAAAAAGAUCAGACUUUUUUGUGUUGAAGGAAAGUGUGAGACUGUAGGCCCAGAACAAUAUGUGUAUUACUCUUUUGAGGGCCAAUAUACAACUACUGCUUUCUUGUACCUAAAAUGAAACACUUGUCAUUCACUACUGAUAGGCACUACAUUCCCUGUUAGGCAUGAAAAGUUUAAUCUGUGCCUAAUCGGUUAGUGUGAAUACGUAAGUCGUUAAGACACAUCAGUAAUCAUUAGAUACUCCAUGUGGCCGGUGUGCCUAGGAAAAGAAAGACACUGUUUCUUACUCUUCGAAGUCACUGAUACUACUAAAAGUCUGAUAAUUUACAAUUCAUAAGGCUAUACAUAGUACUGUAAAAGUAAACUGAACAAAACACAAAACUCAUUUUUAGCAAGUAUUCAUACAAAACUGAAAUUGAUCUCUGCAAUAAAUAAACAUUUCAUUUCUGUAAAGAAAUUAAUCAGUAAGCUAGAGGUACCAGAAAUACCAUAAAUUGCCAAUCACUCUUUGCUGGUCAUUGAAGAGGAUAAUUUCAUUUAAAUACUGUUCUCCUUUUCAUAUGAAAUACUGUAGUGUUCUUCAUUUACUGGAGUAGAUUCCCUCAGGCUGGAAUUUACAUUAGAACUUUCUAUUUCUUUCUCAAAGACAAUACUUCUCGUGCUUGUCCAGUGAACGUUAGGUUUCAGAUUUGGUCCACUUACAUAUUCAUUAGGUAGCUUUCUUUUUCAACCUCAGGUUUCCCAUGUGCAACAUUGGCAUAAAAAUGGAUCUACGUUGCAGGGCUAUUGUAAGAAGGUGCGUUAGGUGAUUUAAGAUAGGCAAAAUGUGAUAUAAAUGUUAAGUGUUAUAUUAAUAUUAGACUAAAGGAGGCUUUACUGAGGAUUAGCUGCAAAUAUAAUCCUUUCAGCUAAGAAUAUAGUUUAUAAGAAAUAACCACCUACCCACCCUAUUGUGGCUUCCUCCCACAGUAGUAAACUGUGGACAUUGAAGGUGAACUCUUUUAGAUCAAAAGGUAUAAACACAUGAACAUAUAUCUGUAGAUUCAGGUCAGGAUUUUCGUACAUUUAUGAAUGCACAGCUUGUUUUUCCAAAUGUUUUUAGAUAUUUUUAUGCCUUAAGAAAAACACCCUGGUAGCUUUUAAAUUGUGAAAUCUGCUGUUGAUUAGAUUAAAAUGUGGCAAAAUUUAAAAAAAAAUGCUGCUUGAUGUAGGCUGAGAUUUAAAUUAUUGUUAAUGAGCUUAACAUUUUGAAAGUUCAAAGUUACAUGGUUAGCUUAGAAUUAAAGGUACUUCCUCUUCUAGUAAUUUUCUUUCCCAAAAUGUAUAUAUUUGUACUGAUUGAUUUUAUGCACAAUGAAAAGUAUUGAACACAAAGCUAUAUAACAUUGCAAAUUCAUUCCCCCUUUUACCAUGUUUAAAUGUGUAUCAAGAAAGCACAUGAAAAAGUGCUUGAAAAUAUAUUGUAUUUAUCAGCACUGCAGUGAUGACAAAAUAGAAUUUUCCUUAAUAUGCAAUAGCCCAGUUUUAUGGACGUUUAAAUGUUUUAUAAAUGUGUAUAGUGUUGCUGAAUACACAAUAUCUUAAGCUAGCUCACUGGUAAAUUUAAUCAUGACAAUCACAACUGUGUAACAUAAAAAUGAUUCCUUAACUCAAUGUUUAAUUUCAAUUGCACAGAAAUUUGCUCUUGUGCCUUGCUCCAUUCCUGUUGUUUUUAUUUAUAAAAAUGAUACAUAAUUUAUUUUUAUUCUGUAACUAUGGUACUCUAAGGCUGAAUGUGUGUCCCAAAAAAUUGAGAACAAGUGUAUAUGUAGAUUUUAUACUACGAUGUAUUCUUUGAAUUCUUUCCUUUGAUGUGAUUCUUUCCAACUCAUGUGAGUAAAUACCUGCCAGAAUGGACUGAAGAAGUUUGUGUGAAUAUACUAAGCUCUGUUCUACUGCUGUUAAUAGACGUAUUUGCCAUUUUAUACCAAAUCAUAUUUGAAAGCUAUGGAUAUAGCAUAUGGUUAUAACAGAGUCAGAGUUCCUGAUAACAUAAUUAAUCGUUUGUUAUCAAAACUCAUUUCUAGAAGGAAAACAAGGAAAGUAACUCAAAGAUUUAAAUGAUAAUGACUGUUUUGCAGUUAUCAGUUAUAACGUUUUUGUUUCUGUUCUUAGUUUAAGAUUGGAAUUGGAACCUAAAUUCUUCAAACUGAAUUGUGCAGGUGCAUUUCAUGAUGCAGAUCAAAUGGCAUGCUUUAAUAUUUCAUUCUAAUUACACUUAUUGUAUAUAUUUAUUAACACUAUUGAUAAAUUAACAUUAAGAAACCAUGUACGUGGUUAAACUACCUAAAAUGUCAAACAGUAUCAAGUUAUAUCAUAAAAUAAGGAAAAAACCAUUUCAGCUAGCUUCCCGGUGCCUAGUGAAAUAAGAACCUAGGCUUGAUAGAUAGUAGUGAGUCUUCUCACAAAAGUGUUUUCUGUUCAGAUUGUAGACCUACCCUAGUUAUAUUUUU